AAGGAGGAAAAUACAAAAUAUAUAAAAAAAUCAAUCUUAAUAUUAAAAUCGUUUGUGUAAAAAGCAAACUGAAAAACAACAGCUGUAAGGUUGUCAUUGAUAAAUUGCUUCAAUUCGAUAUGAAAUGUUCGUCUCGAGCAGCUGUUUAUUGAGUAGUGAUAUGAUGUUGUGACGGUGGUGCAAAGCGUGUAUUUUCUUAUUUGUCAUUUAAAAUCAUCUCGUGUGAUAAAAUGUCAGCUGCCACUUGUUCACGUAUACGUACGACAUCAACAACAAAUUCAAAUUUGAAUGUUGUUGCCGAGACUACAGUAAAUGUAAAAUUGUGUAAUAUGGCUUGCAGUUUAACGAGCGGUAAUAGUCUACGAUCCAGUGAAUCAUCGGAUCCCUUAGAAUCCGAUUAUAGCGAAGACGCCGAUGAAGAAGAGCCAGAGGAUGGUGAAGAUAUAAAACACGAACAUAACACUGACGAUAGAGAGAAUGAUUACGAUUAUGACGAAAAUGCUGCCGAAAAUGAAGAAGACAAUCAGAAUGAUGACGAUAAUAAUGAUGACACUGAUGAUGGCGGCGAAGAUGUCAAUGAAACAAGUAAUGAAGGAGACGACAACACUGAAGAUAAUAGCGAUACCGAUACGGCAAGAAGUCUUAGAAUAUACAGUUUGGAUGAUUUCCAAAUAAUAAAAACUGUAGGUACGGGAACAUUUGGUCGCGUGUGCUUGUGUCGUGAUCGAGUGACUAAUCAAUAUUGUGCCAUGAAAAUAUUAGCAAUGACCGAUGUUAUACGUCUAAAACAAGUUGAGCACGUCAAAAAUGAAAAAAGCAUUUUAAGUGAAAUCGACCAUCCCUUUCUCUUAAAUUUAGAAUGGUCGACAAAAGAUAACUGCUGCCUGUAUAUAAUUUUCGAAUACGUCUGUGGUGGUGAAUUAUUUACAUACCUAAGAAACGCUGGUAGAUUUAAUACGGAAACCUCGAUCUUUUUUGCUGCUGAAAUUGUGUUGGCUUUUGAAUAUUUGCAUUCACUGCAAAUAGUUUAUAGAGACUUGAAACCUGAGAAUGUAUUGAUUGGAAGGGAUGGACAUGUUAAAAUUACUGACUUCGGUUUUGCAAAGAAAUUAAAGGAUCGCACUUGGACACUAUGCGGCACACCAGAGUACUUAGCACCAGAAAUUAUACAAUCUAAGGGACAUAAUAAAGCUGUCGAUUGGUGGGCGUUGGGUAUACUUAUCUAUGAGAUGUUGGUGGGUUAUCCGCCGUUCUACGAUGAAAACCCAUUCGGUAUAUAUGAAAAAAUUCUCGGAGGAAAAAUUGACUGGCCACGUCACAUAGAUCCUAUAGCCAAAGAUUUAAUUAAAAAGUUGCUCACGCACGAUCGCACAAAACGCUUGGGCAAUAUGAAAAAUGGGGCCAAUGAUGUUAAAAGACAUCGAUGGUUUAAGAAUCUUGUAUGGCUCGAUGUCUAUCAGAAACAUUUAAAGGCGCCCAUUGUACCUGAAGUUCAAAGCGAAGGUGAUACCACUCAUUUUGACGACUAUCCUGAAAAGGAUUGGAAACCAGCCAGAUCAUUAGACCAAUCGGAAUUGCAGUUGUUUAUUGACUUUUAAUAGCUUUGAUUGCUUCGGCGGUUAUGAUAUUUAUUUAGUUUUUUAUUUUGUUUUAUAAUUUUAAAAAGCCGAUACGUGCUUGUUAUUACGGCUUGCACUCGCCUAGUGCGGCUAGUAAUACAUUAGUCAUCUGUGGGCGGGCGGAAGCGUAAAAUUUGUAGAAAAUUUGUUUUAAUGUUAAAUUUUAUUUGUAAUUAAAUUUGUUUUAUUGUUGAUAUUUCUAAUUUAUUCUCAUUACCGCACGUCGGACAGUGCGUCGGUGUUCUAUUGUACUAUUAGAAUCUCGGCCUGCAACUUUAUGCUUAGAGUAGU